AGCGAUUUUGCGCAAUCGACAUGUUUCUUCAAGUCCGCACGUGGUGUCUAUUGUCUUUCUAAUUGCAUUUCAGUACGUACACAUUUUCAGACGGAAUAGACGGUUAUUGUUAUUAUUUUUGAAUGUAGUUUGUGUUUCUACAAUGUCCAUAAAUCGUGAUUUGACGCAGAAAGAAUUAGAAGAAGAGAUAGAGCGAAUUAUGUAAAAUCUGUCAGAUGAAGCAUCUGCAUUAGAGGAUGACGACGAUAGUAUCGCAGACAGCAACUACGAACCUACUGAUGAUGAAUCAUCUGGUAGUUCCGAUACAACCUCUACUGCCUCCCCCGUGCUUGCGCAAACCGCAGACACCAAUGACGAUGAGUUAUCCGUUACUUCUGGGACAAAUUCUCCAUUACAAGGAAGUAGUGCUGCCUCCGCGCCUAGGUAUGCCAAAAACAGACACAGAUGACAAUUUAGCUGGUAACGCCGGCGCCGCCUCGGAUAAUAUGAUAUGGAGUAUUCCAACAGAUAAUCAGGAUAAUCCAGAUAAUGAUAGACUGCAUAAGAUUCAACCUUUGAUUGACAAAAUAGUACAUAAUUUUAAAACAUCAUAUGAACCUUCCGAGACUUUUUGCAUUGAUGAAUCCCUUAUUCCAUUUAGGGGAAGAUUAAUAAUGCAGUACAUAAGAAACAAGCGCUAUAAGUAUGGAAUAAAAGUAUUCAAAUUGUGCAGCAAAGGAGGAUAUACCUAUAAGUUUAAAAUUUAUGCAGGAAAAAAUUUAGACCAAGGUCAUACUACACCCACAUCUGUAGUUAUGACUCUUUUUGAGCCCAUACUAGAUUCAGGCCGCACUCUUGUAACAGACAACUGGUAUACAAGUGUAGAUUUGGCAAAAAGAUUGAUGGAUAGGCAAACAUAUUUGAUAGGCACAUUGCGAAAAAACAGACGAGGCCUUCCAAAAGACCUGGUCAACAAAUAA